CUGCAAGAGUCCGAGAGCUCGGUGUUUUGUGCAUAAAUUAUAAGCCAAUUAUGGGUGAAUCACGAUAGUUCGGAUAACGACUGGACUGGACUCGUACUCACACUCGCAUUCGGAUUUUGGACUCGGGCCCGGCGGAAUCGGAAUCGCAUCUCAAAGUCGGCGGCGCUAUUGAAGCUAGCUCUGCUCAAAACAAUGUGUUAAAUGUGUUAAGAGCGAAAUUAUGUUAGCAGAUUAACAGCAUUCCGAAAACCCGAUGGCCAAUGGCCACUGGCCAUUCACGAUUCGUGAGCGAAGAUCGAUGAUCGCCGUGUUCCGCCACCGGGACCCAGACGGCUCAAUUGACUAGAUUUUCUAGUCUAAUUUUGAACGUCUUCGCGUUGGCGGUAUAAAAGCUAGUUAAUGAAUAAUAUGGUCAGCAUUCUUCUAGAAUACUUCGCAGGCAACAGGUCAGAGAAUGCGUGCCCUCAUUAUUCUAUGCGUUGUGGCGGUGGCAAGUGCCGGCAGUUUGUCCGGCUACAAUUACGGACAAGGUGCGACGACUAGCAUUGGAGGAGGUGGUGGUGUCACCAAGACCGCCGGACUGGCCGGUCCAGUCAGCUACAGUGCCGCUCCACAGGCCUCAGUUCACAAGGAGUUCUACAGCUUCCAUGCCAACGAUGACGACUUCGAGGAUCGCGAUGCCCUGCGCCAGGCCUUGGCUUCGGUGAAGAAGAACGUCCGUGUGAUCUUCAUCAAGUCGCCGGAGAACCGAGGCUACGAGAACGCCGUUUUGGCCCUGGCCAAACAGGCUGCCCAGCAGCAGACCGCCAUCUAUGUGCUGCACAAGCAGACCGACAUCAACGAGUUGGCCCAGAAGUUCAAUGCCGUGCGCCAGAACGCCAACAAGAAGCCGGAGGUGCACUUCGUCAAGUACCGCACUCCCGAGGACGCCGCCAAUGCCCAGCGGGCCAUCCAGUCGCAGUACGAUCAGCUGGGCGGCACCAGCCAGUCCAUCAACGGGGGCGUGGCCAACGCCAUCAACUUCGCCUCCCAAGGAUCGGUUCCCGUGCGCACUGCUCCGCAACAGGUACCCCAGAGCAACUACCUGCCCGCCUCCAUUCUAAGUCGCCUCCGUCACUAGAAAAUCUCCCUGUUAAACGUUGUUUUCGAAUAAAAAUUAUUUAGUUUGUUUACAUAAAAAAA